AGAGGUAUCAGUCACUAUAAAAAGCCAGUUGGCUGGGGACACCACAGCAGAUCCAAGUGACCACGCAGUCUGCUCUUCUCUGCACACCAGGUCCAGCCUCCUUUGAAGCAUGAGUUCUCACCAGCAGAAGCAGCCUUGCACCACACCCCCCCAGCUCCAGCAGCAGCAAGUGAAACAGCCCUGCCAACCUCCACCCCAGGAACCAUGUGUCCCUCAAACCAAGGAGCCAUGCCACACCAAGGUUCCUGAGCCAUGCCACCCCAAGGUGCCAGAACCCUGUCACCCAAAGGUUCCUGAGCCAUGCCACCCCAAGGUGCCAGAACCCUGUCACCCAAAGGUUCCUGAGCCAUGCCACCCCAAGGUGCCAGAGCCCUGCCACCCUAAAGUUCCGGAGCCAUGCCCAGAGCCAACAGUCAUUCCAGCACCAGUUCAACAGACCAAGCAGAAGUAAUGUGGCCUAUACCCUUGAGGCCACCACCACCGAAUGCUGAAUACCCUCUCCCAUUCUGCUUAACUGCUCCAUUUGCCAUGCAAUUAGCACACGAUCACCAGUAGUCAAAAUCUUCCCUCAUUUGCACCCUAAAAAUAGGUGCCAUGAAGCUUUCCUUCCCAAACACUCUGGGCCUCUGAGCUUCUGAAUGAGGCUGAUGGUCUUGGUACCUUAGAACUUUAGUUUUCAGCUGCUCAGGAUUCAUCUGAAGAGGAACUUAAGGUGAAAACAAGUGGAUCAGCUCUGUUUUGCCCCCAUUAAAUGCACUUUCAAUUUCA